UGUGUGUUGUAUCAUGAAGUGAAGAAUAACUGUGAGAUUUAUCAGACAAUUUAAACCGUUCUUGUUAUAGUGAAAUACAUCAAUAUGAAGACUGUGUUGAUAAUCUUUGUGACACUUGUGAUUAUGAUUCAGUGUAAAUAUGUACCAAGUGACAUGCCCUUUACAAAUCCUCUGGUCACUGUAUACCCUUGUUUGGAUACUACAGAUAUUAUCCUGUCGUAUGAUCCUGGUUUGGCACCGAAGGACAGGAAUCAGUAUUACUUGCAAUACGAGCACAGAACGUUACCUAUAAACGUAUCUGUAGUAGCUCAGUUCAGUGCCGAUGUUAAUAUUAUCUUGAAUCUUAGGACGACUAAUAACACGUUCACAAGGUAUUCAUUGAAAAGUGGCUCACGGAUGUCACAUGAGUUUGUGACUUCUAACCCAGAAUUAAUGAUAUAUGGAUAUAAAGUGAAGGGAACUGUUCGUGGUAGAAUUCCUUAUCUGACUAGCUUCAAAAUUAAUGGCGUGGAAACUUGUAAUCAGCCAAAUAUGACACUUCUAGAUGAUUAUGCUGCUAAUACAAUGGACGAUGAGACACGACUCAACUGCGGUAGACGCAAAGUAGGACAUACCGAGUUGAUCGUCAAUGGCGCCCAAACUAAACAAGGAGAUUGGCCAUGGCAUGCUGCACUAUACAAAUUCGAGUUUCCAAAUAAAAAAUAUAUAUGUGGUGGAACUCUUCUUUCUAAGCAUUUUGUUUUAACAGCUGGUCAUUGCGUUACGGAAAAGAGAGACCCAGCCCCAGUUUUGCCAGAAAUUCUGACUGUUGUCCUCGGAAAGUACUACUUCACUGGAAGCGAUGUAGAAUCUGUGGAGCGACAAGUACACAAAGUUAUAAUCCAUGAAGAUUUUCUAUAUCGGCCUCUACGAAACGAUAUUGCUCUUCUGAAAUUGAGGACAGAAGUUAUGUUCACCACCUAUAUUCAACCAGCUUGCUUGUGGUACAACAGAGCUAGUGAAAAGUUGUUGAGUGAUGAAAUAAUAGGAACGGUCGUAGGCUGGGGUUUCAACAUCAACAACAGCUUCACACCUGUAAUGCAGCAGAUGCAGAUGCCGUUAGUAUCCAACAGCGUGUGUAUGUCCAGUCACAGCUAUUACAAUACCAUUGUGAAUGAGCACAAUUUCUGCGCUGGUUACCGCAAUCACUCCUCACCAUGUAACGGUGACAGUGGCGGUGCUUUCCAAGUUUUCAUUCCGGAUUUGGCGCUACCGACAAUGGACACGAGCACUCCGGGAUCCUGGCUCGUCAGAGGCAUCGUGUCAGUGGCGAAGUCCCGGAGUGACGCCGCGCUGUGUGACCCCGACGAGUAUGUGGUGUUCACUGACGUCGCCACCUAUCUCACUUGGAUAAAAGAGAAAAUGGAUUAUGAAGUUUAUUGA